UUCUCUCACUCAACUUUUGCACCGGACGGAAAACCCUCAAGGGUCAAGAGUUUAGACUCAAGACCCACCUCCCAAAAAUUUCCUUUCCCUCCUCCCCCAACUGAAAGCUGAGUAGAGCUUCUCUCACAGUACUGGCAAUCUCUGUGCAUGAUCCUCUGCAACUCGUCUACUCAAAGAUCCUUCAUUUUCUUCUCUGAGCUUCCUCUACGCUCCUGAUCUCCCGGCAUUUUAUUGUCAGCCAGUCAUGGAUAUUGAACCUCUGAGCAUUGAAAAUGAGGUUAUGGAGUUCGACAUGGGUGGUUCUGUGGAAGAUGAAACGACCACCCUCGACUUAGAACACCCUGAUGACGACUAUGAAAGGGAUUACAAUGAUGAAUUAGUCGAAGGUUCUAAUCCUUCUACUUCUCACGGGUUUUUAACCUCAGAUGGAGACCCAAAUCUUGAACCUUACGAGGGCAUGGAAUUCGAUUCUGAACAGGCUGCGCGUAUCUUCUAUAAUUCGUAUGCCCGUCGCAUUGGUUUUAGCACCCGGGUCAGUGUGUACCAGCGGUCCCGACGUGAUGGGUCCAUCAUAUGCCGUCAAAUUGUGUGUUCUCGUGAAGGGUUUCGUCGUGAGGGAGCUGAAAAUAGGUCUAAGAGACAGCGGACGAUCACUAGAGUUGGGUGUAAGGCGCAGAUGACUGUAAAGAAGCAGAGUUCUGGAAAAUGGGCGGUGUCAAAACUCGUGAAGGAACAUAAUCAUGAGCUUGUGCCGCCGGAUAAGGUGCAUUGCCUCCGGUCACAUAGGCAUGUAUCAGGUCCUGCUCGAAGCCUGAUUGAUACCCUUCAAGCGGCUGGAAUGGGUCCUAGUGGAGUAAUGUCUGUGUUGAUCAAGGAAUCGGGUGGUAUUAACAAUGUUGGAUUUACUAAAGUUGAUUGCCAGAAUUAUAUGAGUAGUAGUAGGCAGAGGACUUUAGGGAGUGGGGGCCAGAUUGUUUUUGAUUAUUUGAAGCAAAUGCAGGUUGAGGAUCCUGAUUUCUUUUAUGCAGUCCAGGGUGAUUUUGAGAAUUCAACAGGAAACAUUUUCUGGGCUGAUGCAAAUUCAAGAAUGAAUUAUAACUACUUUGGAGAAACUGUUACAUUUGAUACUACAUAUAGAAUGAAUCGUUACCGUGUCCCCUUUGCUCCAUUUACAGGGUGGAACCAUCAUGGACAACCAGUAUUGUUUGGAUGUGCGUUACUCCUCAACGAGUCGGAGUCCUCGUUUGUUUGGCUAUUCCAGGCUUGGCUAACAGCAAUGUCUGGACGCCAUCCUAUCUCAAUCACAACAGAUCAGGAUAGAAUCAUACGAGCAGCUGUUGUACAAGUGUUUCCAGGAACCCGUCACCGAUUUUGUAAAUGGAAUGUGUUCAGGGAAGCUCAAGAGAAGCUUUCUGAUGUAUAUCGCUCACACCCUACUUUCGAAGCGGAAUUUCAAAAGUGCAUCAAUUUGACAGAGACAAUGGAUGAGUUCGAGUCAUGUUGGGAGUCCCUUCUUCAAAGAUAUGAUCUUGGGGAUAAUGAGUGGCUUCAGUCAAUGUACAAUGCUCGCCAACAAUGGGUACCAGUUUAUCUACGGGAUGCAUUCUUCGGGGAGAUGUCCAUAACCCAAGGAAGUGAUAAUAUUAAUUCAUACUUUGAUGGCUAUAUAAACGCAUCAACUAAUAUUCAGGUGCUGAUUAAGCAGUAUGAAAAAGCAAUUGCUAGUCGAUAUGAAAAGGAAAUAAAAGCAGAUUAUGAUACAAUUAAUAUUUCACCUGUUCUGAAAACGCCUUCUCCCAUGGAAAAACAAGCAGCAAAUCUCUAUACAAGGAAAAUAUUUAUGAAAUUCCAAGAAGAAUUGGUUGAGACUCUUGCUUAUCCUGCAACUAUAGUUGAUGACACUGGAUCAGAAACUAUGUAUCGGGUGGCAAAAUUUGGGGAAGACCACAAAGUAAAUUUUGUUAGGUUCAAUGUUUUUGAAAAGAGAGCCAGUUGUAGCUGUCAAUUGUUUGAAUUUUCAGGUAUUAUAUGUAGACACAUAUUAGCAGUAUUUAGAGUAAUGAAUGUACUUACACUUCCAUCUCAUUAUAUCUUGAAACGGUGGACAAGAAAUGCCAAAAGUGGGGUUUUGUUGGAUGAGCGCACUCUUGGAUUGCCAAGUGAUUCUCAAGAGUCAUCUACUGCCCGUUAUGACAGUCUACAACGGGAGGCUAUCAAAUAUGUUGAAGAAGGGGCUGAAUCCAUGCUUAUUUAUAAUGUUGCGAUGAAUGCUCUUCAUGAGGCUGCAAAGAAGGUUGCUGCAGCCAAGAAGCAAGGUUCUGGGGUCACUACUCAAAGUACCCUGGCUAAUACCUGUCAACAGCUUCAGUCUUGUUCCAUGGAUCAGGAUGAGAAAGUUUUGGAAUUAACUGCUGAAUUGGAGAAUGCAAGUCAGCGAUGUGAAGCAUACCGAGCAAAACUGUUCAGUGUCUUGAAGAAUUUGGAGGAACAGAAGUUGCAGAUAUCUGUUAAGGUUCAGAAUGUGAGGCUGAAUCUGAGAAGUUAAAUUUUGAGGGGUUGGUGGUGGUGAUGAUGUUUCCAUCGUCUUCAUGUGUACUAGUUACAGCAUCUACAAAUGAGAGUUGAGUGCUUUAAGAGUAUCUCCCCAUUACCUUCCAUUGUAAUAUAUGUGCUUUUAGUUACUGGAAGAGGACAACUUUCAUAGUUUAGGACAGUUGUAGACCGUGUCCACUUCUAAUUGGUUGUAACCGUAGAAUAGAUUCUCUGAAGUGGGUGUAGAGGUUGCGAAAAAAGCAAAAAUAAACUACGGAUGUGGUGUUA